UCGUCAAACCAACCCCAACUCAAACAAUCUCCCCCCACACUACAGCUCCCGUAUACGGUCAAGGACAAUAGACCCCACCAGAGUCAAAAUCAAACGUUUCAGUAUACGCAAAGAUCAACUAUUUAAAUAUUUAAGGAGGUUUCAGUUGAUUUCCAUAAUUAGUAUCAUUCGCGUAAACCCCCCUUUCCUCCCACCCACUGUGAUUUUCCACUUGUAUCAAAGGUAUUCAAACUAGAAACUAUUCCUGACCUGUUAAAAAGACUAUAACAAGGUUUUAAUUGAUUGAUUUCAUUUUAUUUUCAUUUCGUUCUGCCUGUACAAAUUUACAACCAGCAUACAAUCUUAUAGAAUAAUGUACAGCACUGCAAGUUCCGAAACAAAAGAUGUUUCUAUGGUAGAUGUCAGUAAGGCUGACGAAGAAGGUAAUGGAGCACCAGCAAGGAGAAAAUCGACUUUAAUAUUGACCGAUGAUAUUGAUUUGGAUCAACCAAAUGCUGACAAACAAAACAAUUCCAAUGAAGAUGAUCGCAUGAAUAUUGACAGCUCAUCAGCCAAUUUAACCCAACAUAAUCAACAACAGCAGCAGCAGCAACAACAACAACAACUGCAAGAACAACAAAACCAACAACAACAGCAGCAACAAACCCGCCAAGAAGACCAGGCACCACCACAACCGGCCCAACAACCCGAUCCAAAUGUCACGGUUCCUGUUGAUAUUCAAUGGGUUCAAGGUGGUGAAAAAGUUUAUGUUACUGGUUCCUUUACCGGGUGGAGAAAAAUGAUUGGUUUAGUAAGACAGCCGGAUAAUUCAUUCUUGAUAACUUUAGGAUUACCUCUCGGAACUCACCGAUUUAGAUUUGUUGUUGACAAUGAGUUGAGAUUUUCAGAUUUCCUUCCUACUGCUACUGAUCAAAUGGGUAAUUUUGUCAAUUAUAUUGAAAUAACCCAAGAAAACAUCGAACAACAUUUGGCACAACUUGAAGAAAAUGAAGCCAAGCAACAGCAGCAGCAGCAGCAACAACAACAACAGCAACAACAACAACAGCAGCAGCUACAACAACCACAGCCAGAAGAAUCAAGAAGUCGUAAAUCUUCAUUGUCAAGGAAUAGAACAGACUCUAUGUGGGGAUUAAUUAAUGAUGAUGAUGAUAUGGGUAACGGUUAUUCAAGAUAUCAUGAUGAAGAUGGCACGCCUCUAAAUAAGGAAUAUCAGUACAUCAACGACAUUCCUCCUAUAUUCACUGAUCCUAAAGUAAUGGAACAAUACUAUGUUGCCAUUGAUAAACAAUCAAGAAGUUCAAAUGGCCAACAGCAAGCGUGGUUACAUCCUCCACAAUUACCACCUCAUUUAGAAAAUGUGAUUUUAAAUAACUUCAAUAAUAGUUCGGGGGAGAAUAAUAGUGGUGCUUUACCUAUUCCAAACCAUGUUGUUUUAAAUCACUUGGCUACUACAAGUAUCAAGCAUAAUACCUUGGCUGUUGCUUCCAUUGUCAGAUAUAAAAGAAAAUAUGUCACCCAAGUAUUAUUUUCCCCUUUACAACAGUCAUUGCAACCCCCUGAGCCAAGACCUCAGUAAUAUUCUAGAAUGUAUUUCCUACAUAAUGACCUCUUUUGUCAAUAUAUAAAAAGUAAUUGU